CAUCAUACAUGCAACUUGGAAUGGCGAGGUAGUUGGCGAUGGGAAAUCAGUGCUGCUGUGAAGAUGACCCCAGCGGCAAGCCACUGGAUGCGAACGUUCUGGUUUGGAGACCUGAAACUCAGCCUGGGAAGCGUGUUGAGCCAACAGCAGCAGACUUGCUGCUGAGAGACCGGCAGCUAGAUGCUGCCCUUGACAAGAUAGCUCGGCACCAGCCAGAUGAAGUUCCACCACAGGGAGUGCCAAGAGCGGCACUCAUGGAAUCGGGACAUCAAGCGCACAGUUCAGCUGAUGGGAGAGGCUUUGAAGAAGAUCGGCCUGCACCUGAAGCGAUGCCGAGAACCAGCAGGGGUGCAGAUUCCAACGAAGGAUUGCAAGUGCCGAGCGCUGACAGCAGUCGCUAUGACCCGGGUGAUGUCAGGCCCACGCACCAGGUGCAGUGGGUAACGCAAUACGCAGGAGAUGUGGCUGAGGUGACGGUGGAAGCCAGAGUUGAGCAGAAAGCAGAAGCGCAGUUGACGGCGCCGCCAUCAGUUGAGCAGCGGCAAACAGCUGAGCAGUGGCCAACAGUUGAGCAGCGGCUACUAGUUGAGCUGCGGCCACCAGCCCAUGCUGAGCCGCCAAUUGCCGAGUUGCAGCCAACAGACCGGCAUUCAGAAGAGCUGAAGCCUGCAGAGCAGAGUCAGCCAACAUGGGUGCAUGCCGAAGAGAAAUCAAGCGAGCAGGCAGAGUUGGCAAAGACGGACAUGAAGGCAGUGGCGUCGAGGGAUGCAGGAUAUCAAGAAGUGCAGGUGGAACAUGCUCAGCCGGCUGAACAUGGUAUAGAUGCUGACGUGCCCGGAGCAACCGAUGACGAUUUGCCUCUUCUUCUUGUACGUUUUCGCCUGGAGGAUGGCAGCUUCCAGGACGUCUAUUUCUUUGCCGCCCCGUUCGGCUUUGAUCUUACCAAGAAGCAGCCUUUGACUGUGAGGGGCAUCAAGCCUGGUAGCUAUGCGGAACAACUUGGCGUUGAGGUGGGAUGGGUUGUGCAUCAAGUGGCGGAUGUGGACGUCUCGAAUAUGUCAGCACCAGAAAUGGUCAGGGUACUUAUAGAGCAGAAGAAGAAGAUUCUGGGAAACUGAGGCGGGCUUUUCGCAGAUUCCACUGUGAGCAGUGCUUGGGUUUGUGAGUGUUUGCAUGAGUACUAUUCAAAGUGAAGAAUUUGCAGUGGCAGCACUUCUUUGCAGCUGAGCAAGGACUACUUCUUGGAUGCUGGCUGAGUUACACCAACCUUGGUAGUCCCAUGUGUCCUCACAUUCGAUUUUUUCCUGUAGCUCGCUCCGGGGGCUAAGGAUGCAAACCUUGGAACAACGGGCUGUAAAAAGUAGUUUGGGU